AUGGCGGCGGUAAGGUGUCUCAGAUCAUUGGCAACACGUCCAACAAUACCCCUCAGACUCACAACUCAAUCUCUCAUAUCAAGACGGAAUGCUUCCUCAAAACACCCCAAGGGUUUCGAACCCCCUUCCCCAAGUGAUCUCAUUGAGCUUCGAGAACGGGUUCAAGAGUUCACCCGACGGGAAAUCACCGAAGAAGUAGCCUCAAAAACAGACAGAUCCAAUGCCUUUCCCAAUGAAAUGUGGCAGAAGCUUGGGGAUGCGGGUUUCCUGGGUCUUACAGUCGAUGAAGACGUCGGUGGUCUGGCUAUGGGAUACCAAGCCCAUUGCGUGGUUAUGGAAGAGAUUUCAAGAGCGUCAGGGUCGAUAGGUUUGAGUUAUGCUGCUCAUUCGCAAUUAUGUGUCAACCAGCUGCAACUGAAUGGCAACCCGGAGCAAAAGCAAGAGUUCUUGCCUGGGCUUAUUGCUGGGACGAGUGUUGGUGCUUUGGCUAUGUCGGAAACUGGAGCAGGGAGUGAUGUUGUUAGUAUGCGGACUACGGCAAAAGCUGUCGAUGGGGGCUAUGUGUUGAACGGGUCGAAGAUGUGGAUCACGAAUGGACCGGAUGCGGAUGUUAUUGUGGUCUAUGCAAAGACCGAGCCAGAUGCUGGUUCGAAGGGCAUUACGGCGUUCCUUGUUGAGAAACAGUUUGAGGGAUUCAGCUGCGCGAGAAAACUUGACAAGAUGGGGAUGCGAGGUAGCAAUACUGGAGAAUUAGUGUUUGAUGGGGUAUUUGUUCCGAAGGAAAACAUCCUUGGAGAGAUCAACCGAGGAGUCAAAGUUCUCAUGGAAGGUCUUGAUAUCGAACGCCUCGUUCUGAGCUCUGGACCUCUUGGAAUUAUGCAAGCGGCCCUGGACGUAGCCCUUCCAUUCACACAUCAAAGGAAGCAAUUUGGCAUCCCAAUUGCACAUAAUCAGCUUGUCCAGGGUAAGCUCGCUGACAUGUACACGAAGUUGCAAGCUUCGAGAGCGUACACGUAUGAUACAGCAAGGAAAGUGGAUGAAUUAGGCCAGAUUCGAACGCAAGAUUGUGCCGGAGCUAUCCUUUAUGCUGCGGAAAGGGCUACUGAAUGCGCUCUGGAUUGUAUCCAACUACUCGGUGGAAUGGGGUAUGUGGAGGAGAUGCCGGCAUCAAGGUUACUGCGAGAUGCAAAAUUAUAUGAGAUAGGAGCCGGAACAAGUGAGAUUCGCCGGAUGGUUUUGGGUAGAGUCUUUAACAAAGAAUACGCCAGCUACGCUUAA